ACUCCGUAUUUAUCUCACACUUUGGUGGUAGCGACCGACGGCUCCCGAUUUCGAACAAUCUUCGUCACCUUUUCCGGUUGCCGGCAGAUCAUACAAAGAUGGGACUGUCUUUUACCAAGCUAUUCAGUCGCUUGUUCGCUAAGAGGGAGAUGCGUAUUCUGAUGGUUGGUCUCGAUGCAGCUGGUAAAACCACGAUUUUGUACAAGCUCAAGUUGGGGGAAAUUGUCACCACCAUCCCUACUAUUGGAUUCAAUGUUGAAACUGUAGAGUACAAGAACAUCAGCUUCACUGUGUGGGAUGUCGGUGGUCAAGACAAGAUUCGACCUUUGUGGAGGCACUACUUCCAGAACACACAAGGUCUUAUCUUUGUGGUGGACAGCAAUGAUCGUGACCGUGUGGUUGAGGCCAGAGAUGAGCUACACAGAAUGCUUAAUGAGGACGAACUAAGAGAUGCAGUGUUGCUUGUUUUUGCUAACAAACAAGAUCUUCCAAAUGCUAUGAAUGCUGCUGAGAUCACUGACAAGCUCGGCCUGCAUUCUCUCCGACAACGACACUGGUAUAUCCAGAGCACGUGUGCCACCUCUGGAGAAGGUCUAUAUGAGGGACUGGAUUGGCUUUCCAACAACAUUGCUAACAAGGCUUAAAAGGGAGUGAUACAAAGGUGGGGUAUACAUGUUAGCAGCAGCAUCAACAGAGCAUUUUAUGGGGUUGUUUUUUGUUUUAUGUAUGUUGAGAGGGAAUAGGUGAUUGAUUUCUUCUCAUUUCUAUCAAGCAGCAGGCAGCUUAAUUUCCUAGAGAAUGAAUGAAUGAAUGGAAUAUACAGCAUGUAGAAUUUGAGUAUGUAUUUCUGUGACAAAAGCUUUUUAUUCAAGUAUAAUUGUAUUGAGACUUUGGUUUUUUGUGUGUCA